GCAGGACGCGACACUGGAAAAUAUGAAAUGCUCGUGCAUGGACAAAACUAAAGGUGAAAGGUUACCAAAACGUCGACAAACGCACGUAGCCGCGUAGUCUGCUUGGAUAAUCUAAAAUGGCUAAAAUACAGUUGUUGAGAAUGUUUCUCAACCAGCGUUUAACAGCAGCGGCUGAGGAGAUAUUUGGGGCUGUUGAGAAAACGAUAUCAGAGUACCAGGAAGAAGUGUAUCGUUCAAAAGAGGAGAACUGCCGUCUACAGAGGCAGCUUGAUAUCGUUCUCAAACCACAAGAGAUACAAUUACAAAGGACAGACCUCCAGCAGCUCUCUCUCACUGUCUUCGAAGAGGAGGUUCCCACUAAGCAGCAACACUGUGAGCAGGAAUGGAGCCCCAGUCUGGGGCAAGAAGACCCAGAGCCCACUCAAAUUAAGGAUGAACAGGAGCAACAUAGGACCAGUCAGGAGUUUAAUAAUGACUUUAUCAUAAUUAGCUCUAGUGACUGUGUGAAAAAUGACUAUGAUCAGGAAGAGGACUCAUGUCAGCCCUCACAUCUUUACCAAACCCAAAGUGAGGAAUAUAGACAGGGAGCCUCUCUAACAAGCACUUCAACGGAACCGAUCAAAACAGAACCUGAUGGAGAGGGCUACAUGUCAUUAGAACCAACCAGGGAACCUCAGCCCCUCUCUGCAGUAAAUCUAGCCUGUUCUCCAACCCCAAGUAAAUACAGGGAAGUUGUCAAUGAAGAGGAAAAAGAACCUUGGAUUAGGUUUACACCCCUCAAAUCAAAGAAAGCACAGAAAAUAACAAGCCAUAGCUCUGGUAUGUGGAAAAAAGGAAGGAAAUCCACAGAGUCAUCCCAUAUGAACGCACACAGUCAAAGCCUUACUACUCCCUGUUGGUGUGGUGUGUGUGGAAAUAAAUGUAACUCUGUGAGUUUUUUAAUAAAACAUACACGAGAACACACAGAGGAUAUAGGCCUAGAUUGCCUUUGCGGUGUCUGUGGAAAACACUUUGAGUCCAAAGAAAUUCUGAUAGAGCAUCUCCAAACUCACAUGAAAACUCUUUUUUGUCACUUAUGUGGUCAAUGUUUCAACUGGACUAGUAAUUUGAAAAGACACAUGAUGAUUCACACAGGGGAAAGACCCCAUCGGUGCAGUGACUGUGGCAAAGGCUUCAGGUCGAGUGAUUGUCUGACAAAGCAUAGGAGGAUUCACACAGGGGACAAACCGUUUCCUUGUCCGGUUUGCCACCGUGGUUUUAACAGACGAGAUAACCUGAAAGUGCAUAUGAGAGUUCACACAGGGGAGAGACCGUAUAUGUGUUCUGAAUGCUAUAAAUGUUUUGCAACGUUAACGUCGCUGAAUAAGCACCAGACAAUGCACAAUGAGGAACGACCGUAUGUGUGCACCGAUUGCGGUACCCGCUUCAAAGCGCUUGAAUCCCAAAGAAGGCACAUGAAGAGUGUUCACAACAAGAAGGAGAAUACAACAUGACAAUGCCUUGUAUGGGUUACGGUAUCAGAAGAUUGAGGCGCAUUCUAACCGCCAUUGGACAGGAGAACAGCCCUUUAGGACAGACGCAUUGCAUUAUGGAAUCAGUGCAUUAGUUACCAUUACUUGUUAGUAGCCAUUACCCAUUAGUUUACCAAAUGCAAAUAGCAGCAGACAAAAGUUAUUUAUGUGCCCGUGUUUCCAAAGUGUCACAGACUGUAAAUUGUUGAAAGCCACGCUCAUUUUAUUUUCAUAAAUCCACCGUGGGAUGCAUUUAAUUGGCUGGCAGGAUGCAUGGAUCCGGCAUAACCCAAAUCCAGGCCUACACAAACCCAACCCCCGAACUUAUCUGUAUAGAUUAGAUCUGAUGUUGACCUGUUAUGAAAGUGAUCUUCAACAUUUUGAAUAAAGUUUUUAUUCAAUUUUUGUUCUCAAACUCAGCUAGUCAUUCAUUUGUGUGCUAUUCGGCUUUUCUCCAUUCCUCUUGGUGAUUUGAGAGACUUCCAUGGUACAUUUGGCCUUUGACUGUGAUGCUGCAGACUGAACCUACACUAUUAUCUGUGAGGUUCUGAACACAUGACUGAAUUCACCCGAGGACAUUCUUCAAAAAGGACUUGGCAUGAAUUCAAAAUUCAAUGAGAAGCGAUAGGAUUUAAACCAAUCAUGUAUUUUUUUUUAUUGGAUAGCUAUUAACAAGAAUUACACUGACUGACAACUUCAACUUGCUGUUCAAAACAAGAAGAGUCACAUAAUGCUGCAUUCUCGCCUGCAGCUCAUCGUAAAAUACAUAGCAUUGCUGAAAAAUAUGACAUGUGAGAUAUAACAUUUGCAAGACAUUUGAGAUUCUGAUGUGGUGGUGCUGUUCCAGACAUUCCUUCUUUUUUAAAAAAUGGGGAUGCACAUCUUGGAAGAUUAAAACACAUAGGAACACUUCACCAGGCUUUGUGACAUCUGUUCAUCUGUGCAACACGAUUGCAAUAAACACAACCUGGAACGGACCCUGCAGGUCAUUUAUGAAAGUUUGAACAUCUUGGCCAUGUUCUGUUAUAAUCUCCACCCGGCACAGCCAGAAGAGGACUGGCCACCCCUCAGAGCCUGGAGAUAUAGUCGUCCUUGGGGACCAGGUUGAGGGAUAGGGUUCUUCUUGGGGUUCGGCUCAGAGUGAACCAUAGCCUCUCCUGGGGUCCCAAAUCGAGGAACAUUUCUGGUAAGAAGCAUGGCAUUUGGUUGUCGGCCUUGCGUCCCUGAGUGACAGAAACUGAAAACUAAUUGUAAUGUGUAUUCUAUUGCAUUCUUAGUUCUAUAAUUGCAUUCUGUAACUGCCUUAAUGAGUUCCCAAAUGAGUAAUCAACAGUCUUGUUGGGUGACGUUUUACUUGUUGACCACAAUACUGACAUACGGUACGACCACAGUCUUCAAACAAGCAGACUGUCACCAACAUCAUGCAUAAGCUUACCUGUUGUGAAGUGAAGCACAUGGACAACAUCUAUGUUACCUUUAGGGAGGAAAUACCACAGUUAUUGUAAUUUUAAAAAACGAUACAGACAACUAUUCUUUCAGAGUUCAGACGUUGCGUUAAGCAAGCAUUGAAUAAACUGAUUUAAUCAUG